CUCGCUGGGUCGGGGCGAGUCUUGAAGGCUCACGGGCGGAAGCUGUCUUGCGGCCGCCGGUUCUUGGUGGGGGUCGGGCUCGGAGCCAAGCCUUGCUGGGAUGGUGCCUACUGCGGAGCCGGGGCCGCUGGCCUGCGACGGGGCCGCUGACCUGGCUGCCCUGGCGGAGCUGGACGAGGCGAGGCUGCUGCAGAAUCUGAGCGGCCGCUUCCUGCAGCAGCGGGUCUAUACAUAUAUUGGGGACAUUCUGAUUGCGAUGAACCCGUUCCAGAGCCUUCCACUCUACGAGAAACCAGUGUCAGAGAAAUAUCAGAACCAUGACAAGGGUACCCUACCCCCCCACAUCUUUGCCAUUGCUGACAGAGCAUACCAGGCCAUGCUGGGACAUCUGGCAACAGGACCUCAGAACCAGUGUAUCGUCAUCAGUGGAGAGAGUGGUGCAGGGAAAACCGAGAGUGUAAAGCUACUGCUGCAACACAUCAUGCACCUGUGCAAGGGUAACUCACAGCUGGAGCAGCAGAUACUGCAGGUGAACCCAUUGCUCGAAGCCUUUGGCAAUGCACAAACUGUGAUGAAUGACAACAGCAGCCGCUUUGGAAAAUACAUGCAGCUGAGGUUCCAAAGGAGUACAGUGAGGGGCGCCAAGCUGAGCGAGUAUCUGCUAGAGAAGUCUCGUGUCGUGCAACAAGAUGCUGGAGAGAGGAAUUUCCAUGUCUUCUACUAUAUGUUUGCUGGGCUCACUGCAGAGGAAAAGGAGAUGUAUGGAUUGCUAGAUCCCUCAUUGUACAGGUACAUAAGCGGCUGGUUUAGGGCAGAGGAUGUGGCUGAGUCCUGGAAGCACAAGUACUGGGAGGUGCGUAAUGCCCUAGACAUGGUGGGCUUCCAGGAACAGGAGCAGGUGGACAUGCAGGCAAUCCUGGCUGGAGUCCUGUCUCUGGGCAAUGUGACCUUCCAGUCCCAGGAGAACAAUGGGGCCGUGAGAGUGAGUGAAGCCUCCAGGGGGUGGCUGAAGGCUUCAGCGGGUCAAUUUGGAGUCCAGGAAGAAGAACUAUUGAAAUGCCUCAUUUGUAAAGUGUCCGUAACCCGGGGAGAGCAGAUUCAGCGUUUCCACACCCAGCAGCAGGCUGAGGAUGCCCGGGACUCCAUUGCUAAGGUGGUAUAUGGCCGCGUGUUUGGUUGGAUUGUCCGCAAAAUCAAUGAACUGCUGGCUGAGAAUGUGGAUCCUGAGGUGGAGCUGAGGGAGAUUGGGAUCCUGGAUAUCUUUGGGUUUGAGAACUUUGUGGUGAAUCGUUUUGAGCAGCUCUGCAUAAACUUGGCCAAUGAGCAGCUGCAGCACUUCUUCAAUUAUCAUAUUUUCCAACUGGAGCAGGCCGCAUACCAGGAGGAAGGGCUGCCCUGGGAGGAAAUUACAUUCAACAAUAACAAACCCAUUUUGGACCUGUUCCUGGCCAAGCCGCUGGGGCUGCUGUCUCUCCUGGAUGAGCAGAGCACGUUCCCUCAGGCGACUGAUAAAACCUUUGUGGAUAAACUGAACAGCACCUUCAAGGGGAACUCACACUUCCAGCCAUGUAGGGGCCGUGUGCUAGGGUUCAGCAUCAUUCACUAUGCAGGGAAGGUUCAGUAUGCUUCCAGUGGCUUCCUAGAGAAGAACAGAGACACUUUGCCAGCAAAUAUCCGGGGUCUCUUCAUCAACAGUGUCACCCCACUACUGAGUGUGCUGUUCACAGCCACAGUCUCCAGAACAGGGACUUUGAUGCCUCACAUUAAAGCCAAGGUCUUGCCAGGAACAGACAAUAACUUCAACAACACACGGAAGCAAUCAGUGGGUGCUCAAUUCCGGCAUUCACUAUCCGUGCUGAUGGAGCGAAUGUACUCUGCUAACCCACACUUUGUGCGCUGCAUCAAACCGAACAGCCAGAAGGAGCCGGGCGUGGUUGACAGCCAAGUGGUGCUGGAGCAGCUCAGGUACAAUGGAUUGCUGGAAACCAUCCGGAUUCGGCGAAACGGCUUUUCCUGGAGACCCUGUUUUGAGGAAUUUGCAGAAAGAUACCGAAUUCUCCUAAUUAAACCAGAUGUCCCACUCACACAGGAAAGCUGCUUGGAGAUUUUGCAGAGUACAGAGCUGAAAGACUGGAGAUGUGGGAAGUCCCGCCUCUUUUUUAAGUACUGGCACCAGGAACUGCUGGCAAAGAGCAUGGACCGCUUGGAAAAGGCAGCAAUAAUCAUCCAGAAGACUUACAAGAGAUUCUGCUGUAGGAAGAGUUACCAGGAGCUGGUGGCCGAGCUCAGAGCCCGGGAGAAGCACCUACAGGAGGAAGCGGAGAGAGAGAGCAACAGGCAACUGGAACUGGAGUCCCAGGCCCAGAUUGCCUCACCAGUCCCUGUGCCACGGAGGAGACGUCCUCAGCCCCUCCCCAGGUCUCAGCCUGGAGCUGAUUCUCUGACACAGCCACCAGUACCACGCCCUCGCAGCAAACUCACAGAGUCGACUCCCUUUGAUAAUUUUUUGCACUCCACGCCCUGCCCUGUGGUGGGGACAGAGGGGCAGACAGGAGAAGAAGAAGAAAUGAGGCAAAUCAAGAGGGGAGCAACUCUCCGCUGGUUCAGAGAGACACAGGCCAGGAAGGUUAUGCAGGAUGAUGGGGCCUUUCCUGGCUGGCUGCAUGGGAUGAUCAGCAGGAGGAAAGCUGAGAACUUGCUGAUGGACAAGCCUCUGGGCUGCUUUCUGGUUCGAAUCAGUCAGAGCAGGCCAGGCUACACCCUGUCAUACAGGGGUGAGAGCCGCUGCAGGCAUUACAUGAUUGAGAUGCAGCCCAAUGCACGCUAUGUGAUCCUGGGGGAGGACCGAGCUCACACCUCGCUCACCGCGCUGGUCCAAUACCAUCGAACUGUGGGAAUCCAGCCCUUCAUGGAGACGUUGACUGUGCCCUGUGAGCAGAGAGGUGAUGGGGACUCUGAUUAUGAGGAGCUGAAAUUCCACACCCUGGCCCCAUGGCCAGCAGAUGGGGAGAAACAGCCUCAAAGGGAACAGGCUGGGCUUAAUGGGGCACCUGUUGUCAGCCACAUCCAGCAUGCAGGAGCAACUGCUGUUCUCAAGCACAUGCUGUUCAGGAAAUCAAAGAAAUGCCAAGAGCAGCAGCUGAGCCCAGACGAGGAGGGGGCGGAGCCAAGCCCAUGUGAGGCUGGGGUGGCCAGACGGGCCAUUCCUCGCCUCUACCCCUCCAUACGGUUGGCAAUGUGGGAAAUCCAGCAGUUUUCUUCCCACCCCUCAAAUGGCUCCUAUUCUGAGCUGCAACUGAAGCCCCAGCACUGAAGGCAGCGGGGCCCACAGCAAGAGUGACAUGACAAACCUGGCUCAGGCCCUGCCCUCCUCUGGUGCUGCAAGGCCCUGCAUCACCUGGGAGAAGCACCUGGGGAGAAGGCAGCCUCUUCCACAUGCACAGGGCUGGCUCUGUGCCCUAUGGACAAGACACUGGGAGAGAAGAACUUUCUGCAGCUUUUUGUCAUGCUCUGCCACUGGGGAGCUGCUGUACAGGCCAGUCUCUGAUUCUGGGCAGGAGGAGUUGAUGGCAUGACCAAGAGCUGGGGUCCUUGUGCAAAUCUGUAUGGAAAUCUUGAUGGUGAUUUUUCUGAUACAGCUGGAGAAUGAAUGCCCUGUACUUCGUGUGUUUAGAUAUUUGGCUGUGAAUGUCUUCUCCCUGUGUGCUGUCCCAGCUCUGUGCAGACAGCUGGCACAGCAGACCUCGAGCAAACCGCCCAAUGACCACAAGAUCUGUUAAGGUGCGAAGACACCUGGCCAAGUUUAUUGUCAACAAAACAUGGUAAUAGCACCUGGCAGACUCUACGAGAUACUAAGAUGUGUAUGCCCAUGAUAAGGGACGCAGUUCAGUGAAUGGCGGGACUUUCCAUUCCCCCCUCAGCUGGUCAAAGAUACUCCCUCUGAGAUACAUCUUUAUACCCCAAUACAAACAAGUUAGUACUGCCUCUGACAUGGUUACUGCCCCCUGAUGUGGCUAGUUAUCACCCAUCACCUUGUACAUGUUGGUCCAAUCAAAACAUCUCUAUUACGUACUGACAGGUUUCAGAGUAGCAGCCGUGUUAGUCUGUAUUUGCAAAAAGAAAAGGAGUACUUGUGGCACCUUAGAGACUAACAAAUUUA